CUCCUUCAGUCGUGCAGCCACGCAAACACUGGCGGAGCUGCUGUGCGUCUCUCUGCUGUGGGUAAAACACUGAACAGCUGCCUGGGUUCUGCGUAAAACCAUUAAAGUCAAUCGGACUGUGAAAUAUAGAAAGAGAGAGGCAAGGCAAGAGGAAACGCCAGGACAGAGAGGAUGGAGACCAAACUCUGGGCUGCCCUUUGUGCGCUCCUGCUCAUUAACUUUGGAUCAGCUGAACAUGAUGGCGACCAUGCUACUGCCUCUCCUACUUCGAAAAGUCCACUUGGAGCAGAGUCUGUGGUCCCAGUUGCAAAAUCUCUGCCUGAUUCUGGCUCCAGCCCAACCAGUCAUGCACCAAACAGCUCUGAGACAAACACAAGUUCCAGUGGCAACAGCAAAGUGAGCAACAACACAACUACAGAGCCCAUCUCUGUGACAUCUGAAUCAAGGAAAGACAAUGCUACCGAGGUCUCUUUCCCAGUGGAUGGAGAAAAGAAUGAAACCCAAAGAAAUCAGCCCCCAUCACUGCCUUCAGCUCCUCCCACUGAGAACCCCAUCACUCACAUCCCAACUUCCCCUGCUGAUACCAGCACCACGCAUCACACUUCCUCUGCAGACGUCACUGCAACACCUUCGCCAGAUCACAACAACACACACAACAACACAUCGCACCAUUCUGAGCCUCCACUCUCUGACUCCACUACACAAUCACAUCAGCCCUCUCCAACCACAACACCCUCCGUCACUUCUUCCCCAACAUCUGAGCCACCGAAGCCACAAACUUCCCCCAGUAGUACUACUACUACCACCACCACCCAGUCCACUUCAGCAUCCAGCACCAGCUCCUCCCAUGUGGCCACCACUACUGCACACACGUCACAAUCCUCCAGCAUGGCCCACCCAAAGACAACUAGCUCCCCGCCGAGCAGCCCCUCCGCCAGAACUCACUCCGACAACCCAUCCCAGCUGAACAUGGGGGGCGACGCGAAAAAGGACUCGCCUGCCUUGGACCCCCUCCUGGCCGGGCUGGUGUCGGCCUUCAUCAUCACUGCAGUCAUCAUCACCCUGCUCCUCUUCCUCAAGCUGCGCCGAAGAGACAACAGACCAGAGUUCCGCAGGCUGCAGGAUCUACCAAUGGAUGAUAUGAUGGAAGACACACCCUUGUCCAUGUACAACUACUGAUGGAGGCACAACAGAGCUUUUGGCACCCAGAUACCCUCCUCCAAUCCAGACUCAGGCCGCUGUUGUUGUCGCACCUGGUCUCUCUUCCUUAAUCGGCAGCAAACAGAAAGAACUCUGGGUAGGUGUGAGCACAUUUCUGGAUUGCUUUCAUUUAUCCAGAUCAUUGCCAGGUAGAGAUGGACGCGACUGAAACUGCAGUGGACAAUGAAGACACCACCCUUGAUGGGUCCCUUUGGAAAAUGUCUAUUUUGGUGCAAUUAUAAAUUAGGCCUCCGCUCAGUACUGUACACCUCCUAGUGUUCAGCCCAUCUUUUGAGGUUGUUGGGGUGUAUAAAGUAUUUUGAUUUCCCUAAAGACAAAAAGUGUAAAGCCGGAGGCAGCAUCAUCCAUUGUAACUAUCUCUGUAAUGGUUCACACGCGACAGAUUGAUCCUGUCCUGCCAGACUCUCACCUGGUAACACUGGUCUGAUUUCCCUUCAUCAGGUAAAGUCUGGCAGAAAUAAAGGCGACUGAGAGGCAAGAGAAAAGAAAUUAAUAAAACAGCCUGAUUAUAGUGUUAACAAGGUUGCACUUUACUUUUUCAGGACAUGGGGGGGGACAAAAUAUUUUUGUGUAUGAGAAAAAUUAAGUUUUGUGUGUGUGCAUUCGUAGGUGAGUGUGCAUGUGUGAGAGUCUGUUAAGAGGGUAUGUAUGAUGUUUUAGUGGCAUGGUGGAGAAUAUUUAAAGUUUUCUUUCUGUGUUGUAGGUCCUGCUGCCUUUAGGCAUGAUUUUGAUAUGUGCUGUGUGUUUUCUUUUUCUUUCCUGCAGUCUUAAAUCCAGGAGAGAGUGCCUUACACAGUAUAGGAACAGCUCUUAUUGUAUACUCCAUUGAAAUUCCAGAUAAACUAACUUCCAGAUUUGCCAGUCAUUCCCAGUACUUUGUGCGAUUCCCAUGUCAACACACUUUCAGGGCUGGUAGCUGCUCUGACUUGCCUGUGUUUGAAGUUUUGCCUCCAGCAUGUUCACCAUGAGGCACUCCUUCACACACUGACAGCUGCAAACCGUUGGUCAAUGGCCUUUUUACACAAUGUUAGCAUUGUCCUGUGCGUUGUAAAUACUACUGAUGAUUGCAUCAUGCAAAAAAAACAAAAACAAAGACUUUACGAAACUCCUCAUCUCUAGCUGCUGCAGCGUUCACCCGUCACAAACAUAUUGAAAUGUUCCAUGGACUGACACCUUAUCUCCAGUAAGCACGCUCACAAAUGUUCCUUUGGUUAUACUCCGCAUCGGCCUCGCUGUAUACUUGCUAUGAAAAUGUGUAGGAAAAUAUGAGUGGAAGUGUGACAUAUACAGGACAACAGAUUCACCCAUAAUGAUGCAAAACACAUGCAGUUCCUUUUUAUUUAGCAUACAGCUUAUCUACUGAUGCAAAGUGGAAGCUGAUUUGAAUCAAGCUUAUGAAUUUCAGCAGUGGGUUUGUUUGAACGUGAGGUGUGGGCGUCCUCCCCCAGGAAAUUUUAAACAUCAAACACUUGACUCCCUGCAUUCUGGUGAAUAUGUAUGCAUCAAUUUGUGCCUUUUCUGCAUCAGUUUAUGGUGAAAAUAUCCUUAUCCAAUGCACUCCCCCUGAAAUUUACACGUCUGGUUUGCCAAAACAGUGUUUGCUGUUUAGUAGUUGUGCCACAAGCAGCUACAGAUAAAAGAAAAAUGAAAUAAAAUCAUCAAGAGUAAUGUGAUGCGCCAUCAGAACAGAUCCGGAGCUAUUUGGCACAGAUUCUAUGCAUGUAUAAGACAAUAUAUCACUGUUCCAAGAUUUGUUCUCCUUCAAGUGUUUAAUGUUUAUUUGGUGUCCUGUGGUGGUUGCUGUCCAAAAUCUCCUACAGUUCUUCUAUUGGAUCGAGAUUUGGUGACUGUGAAGGCCAUAAUAAUUUUGUACUCAGUGUUAAAAUGUGUGUAAGUCCUGUAUUGUCCAUUUCUCGAUGUGUUAAAAUAAUGCUGAAUGAGGCCUUGCUGCCUGAUGUGGAUUAUGGACUGUUGGUGAUUUAUGAUUAAAGGUAUUUUGGAACCAC